GGACGAGAACCAAAAAGUCAAGCAACAACCGCAGGUCCAAUUACAGCAUCAUCAGUCAUGAUUUGUCGGCGAUGCGCUCUGCGGCUAGCAAGCUCAUUCAACGCAACUCCAUUGGCCCGUCGGAUGAUCUCGACCACGCAUAUUAACGCAGCAGAAGCUAUCUCCUCCAAAGAAAUAGAGCAAGCCAAACCGCGACAAGAUGGUGACCAACCUUCGGCAAUAUCCUCAGCUGCUCAACCAUUCACAACACCAAUUUCCGUCUCUCCUACGGCACGAGGCGACAAAGCAUCUAAGAAGAAGGCUUCAGACGUGCCAGUGGUAGUUUCAUCUUGUCCCGCUGGCACAAUCCUCAAGGGCCUCAACUUCAUGAAGGGCAAAACCGACCCCGUGGCUAUGGAGGAUCACGAAUAUCCAGAUUGGCUUUGGGAUGUACUCAAAUCUGACACACAAGAUGUAGCGGAUGCUGUCGACGCCGAUAUAUAUUCGAAGAGCAGAAACAAGCGGGCAAAAGCGAAGAAGGCCAUGAAGAACAAACCCGAGGAAGAUCUGUCGUUUGAGAAGAUCCCUAUACAUGAGCAAACAAUUGACCUACCAAUUGGCGAUGGGACUGAGGAGGGAAAUCUAGCUGCUGCGAAAGCACGGCAGGAGCUUACGAAAGCCAUGAGGCAAAAACGGCGAGCGACCAUCAAGGAGGCCAACUUCUUGAGAACUAUGCGGUAGUUCAUCGGGUCAUCAGCCGUGUACGAAUACAACUGCUAACAUCAUUUAUUCACUGUAUGCGCUACUAGAGUUCUACCGGCAUUGUGUUGAAUAGUUGAUCUACUCAUAGAUAAACUUCGUUUUCAACAGAUCUCUCUGUACGAUAAUUUCGGUCUUUGCCUCUAGCGCCAAAUAAGCCUUGCGUAACAUUCACACGCCUCCCGUUUAGCAAGAAUUUCCUCAGGUUGCCAGCCGCCAUCCACACAAUAGCAUCAUUUGGCAGUUCUGGAAACUCAUUGAAAAUAAUGUCUGAGCUAAGGGAACAGCCGGACAGACAUGUAUUUUAGUGCACAGAGGCAGUGGUUUCGACGCCGCCUGGGCCUGCCAUAGGUUUCCAGACACCCUUUGGAAGAGAGUUAUAUGUUGGUUUUGUUAGAAUUAAAGUGCAAACCUUUCAUGUUGAAAACUUUGUGAUUCGCGGCGUCUACGAUCUAGC